GUUCUGUCAUGGGAAAGGGACUGAUGGGGCGAAGUACGGCGCUCCUCGACGCUCGCUCAGGCGAAGUCCUUGUACAUCUCGCAUUCCCUGAAUAGAGAAGCAAGCAACCCUGUCACUACUGCCAUGCGGGUUUCUUUUGCAGAGCAGCAGAGCAACUGCUGUUCAUAUCUGCCGCUGUCCACCGCCGGCGAAAGGACGCAAGUUACUUUGCUCACGCAUGGGAUGGCCACAAAAUGAACAUUUUUAUAAUAUUACUAGCCUUCGUUAUAGGAGGACUUUGCGUCAGUAGUUCGCGGCAGGCAAACACUGGUGAAGGACCUCCUCACCCUGUUUGUGAUUCCCACUCCACAGUUAACCUAAUACCUCCAGUCGCGAAGAGUGUGACGGAUGUGACGCCACUCCUACAUGGAGCCGGGGUCCCGGAGGGCGCUUGCAUCUUCAACCCAGCCCUGGUUCGCCUGUCUGGCGACGUAUAUUGCUUGUUUGCGCGUGUAUACACCGCUUCAGUUCCUGAGAAACGCUGUGCUCCCGGCCAUCGGGAUCGCGCCCCUUUCCUCGACGGUUGGCGUGGAAAGUCAACCAACGUAAUGGUCGCCCUUCGCCUAAAUCAGCGCAACAACAGCCACACGCUCCAAGCAGAAGUACUGGGGCAUUCGUACCUGGGCGAUUCCAACCUAGAAGAUGGGCGUCUGUUCAAGGACACCCGUGGACGCACAUUUGUGUACUUGGCGCUUCCGGUUGGCGUAUUCCCUGAUCGAGCGGUCAUCAACUCCGUUUACCGUGUAUAUAGCCGUUGCAGCCGCACUUCUAAGCGCUGCAUCCUCUCGCUGCGUUUUCCACGGGCCCUCACCUACACGGGCAGCCACAAUGUCAUGGACAAGAAUUGGGUUCCAUGGAACGGCACGCAGUUCAUGUCCUUCUCCCAUUUCGGUACCCUAGGGCCACAGUCCAUAUUUAAUUGGGUUUCCUACGAAGAACCCAAGCCCCACGCCACAUUUGAUAUGGUCACGGAAGAUCCGCUGUUCCGCAAGCUCGGCCAGCGGUAUGGCAGUCUCCUGCACCUCGGCGGCGGCACGCCAGCAAUCCUGGAGGCCAGCCGGCACUCCUACCUGGCGGUGGGGCACCUGAAGGCGCACCCCGGCUGCUUCCACCCGGAGAUGCUGCCGGCCUGGGUGGACCGCGGCUGGUUCGGGCAGCAGGUUGCGGAGCGGACGCAGAGCCGCUGCUCGCACCUGGUGCAGUCCAGCAACGACACCACCCGCACGGAGGUGCUGAAGGAGGCCUUCAAGUACAGGCACGGAGACCAGGAGGGAAUCCACUACCCGCUGGAAUACGCAUUCUUCUUCUACAGGUUCAACGCAUCCCCGCCGUACAGCAUGACCCACAUCAGCCAUGGCUUCAUGCCGUACACUUGGCGCAGCGCAGCCGACCAUCAGGGCAUCCUGUUCCCAGUUGGGCUGGAGCGGUUUGGGGCGGAGGAUUACAUCAUAUCGUACGGUGAUGAGGACCAGCGCUCCUUGCUGUUGCGCAUGUCAUCUGCCCAGGUUGAGGCCAUGCUGUUGCCAAUUCAGGAGAUGAAGCGAAGGCUGGAUGAGUUCAUGGUCUGCACGCUUCCGUGCGAAGGAUUAGGAAAUUGCGAUGUUUAGUGCGUAGGGGGAAGGGUGAGGGGGAAGGGGCAAUGCGAGCCGGUCGAGGUGUCUUGCAUCACUCAUGUCCUGCCACCGUGUUACCACUGUGGCUGCAUGCGAUGUGAUGCAUGCUGUUGGGGGUGGUAGCAUGGGUUUGAGGGCCUCAGGGUUCCCCUGGCGUAGUCUUGGGCAGGUGUUAGGGAGCGAGCGAACUCUCUUGUGUAUUGCGUUAUCAGAAUUUGGUAUAGGAAACAGCACGCACAGUGUUGCUGUAUGCGGACCUGCAUUAGUCCUUAAACAUAGUCAACGUGCAUUCAAGCGUGCUUGAAACAACCAACCGCAUUGUCGAAACGUCCCUGAAGCCCUUAUCCUAUACCACGGCGUCACGUGGAGAAGUGAUUAUUGUGCUCGUCUUGCAGCUGGGUUGGUAUUAGUACCCUUAUCCUUGUCCUAAAAUUUGAAGGUCCACGAGGUUGUGGAUGAGGCCGGGUUUCUUAUUGAUCGGUGCAAAGCGAUGGGUGCCAUACCUCAUAAAUGGCUUGGCUUCUGAAGGUUUGGACUGGAACAUCUGUCCCAGGAUGAGGAAGCCAAGCGCGUAGCGGCGCCGAGGGGAGAUUGCCAUGGGUAGAUGACCAGUGCCAACGCGCAGUUAUCAUGACGUGAUUGAAGUAGCGCAGGGUUUUCUUUAUUGUUGCGGCAGUUGAUUGUUUCAGGUACCGUACUUGUAGCAGUACGUACCGUAUUGCCCAUAAUUUAAUUGACAUGCGUUUUGAGGCCUAUUUUCCAGCCCCAUUUGACAAAGCGGGAAUAAUUUAUGCCCCAUUUGACUUCCUGAUGGCGAAUUUCUAGCCCCAUUUGACAUGCGCAAAACGCCCCCAAAGCCACCGAACGUGUUGGAUGUAACAUGGUAAGGAAAGGAGC